AUGGCUGAACGUGGCAUGCAGCUGGUCAAUCCAUUCUUCAACAUAUGGUCAUCCGAAAUGGGCUCACGAUUGGCCUACACGUCAAUUUAUACAGCAUCGCUGUGCGUACUCUUGUAUUUUGGUUUUCUCGCUUACAAAGUAUACUGUGUAUGGAUAACGAUCAGGAGGAAACGUGCUGCACAGCUAUACCGGAACAGUGAAAUUCGACGACUGAAAGUAUACCUUCUUUGA